AUUAAUUAUUUAUAAUUCUUUUGUAUUGUUUCAUUGUUGCAUUUUUGUAUUUUGUCCUUUGUGGGGGGGCUUUGAACUCGGCUCUGAGAGUGUUAUGGAUAUUGCAACAGGUCCUGAAUCACUGGAGAGGUGUUUUAACAGGGGGCAGAGUGACUGUACCAAGAUGCUGGACAAUAUUAAAAUGGAAGAUCACCCUCUUAGGACUGGCACUGCCACUUUAGGAGUGAUGCUUGGCUCAGAGUGCCAGCACCAGGCGGUGUGUGAGGGCUGCCAGAGACCCAUCUCAGACCGCUUUCUGAUGAGAGUCAAUGAAUCCUCCUGGCAUGAGGAGUGCUUACAGUGCACGGUGUGCCAGCAGCCUCUCACAACCAGCUGCUACUUCCGGGAUAGGAAGCUCUUCUGCAAGCAAGACUACCAACAGCUUUUUGCUGCAAAAUGCAGUGGGUGCAUGGAGAAGAUUGCUCCUACUGAGUUUGUAAUGCGAGCCCUGGAGUGCGUGUUCCAUCUGAGCUGCUUCUGCUGCUGUGUGUGUGAGCGGCAACUAAGAAAGGGAGACGAGUUUGUGUUGAAAGAAGGUCAACUUUUAUGUAAAAGUGACUACGAAAAGGAGAAAGAUCUGCUGAGCUCUGGGAGUCCUGAUGAUUCUGAUUCUGUUAAAAGUGAUGAUGAAGAUGGAGAUAUUAAACCUGGGAAAUGCCAUGGAAACCAAGGAAAAGGCAGUGAUGACGGCAAAGACCCCAGGAGGCCAAAAAGACCUCGAACAAUACUCACCACUCAGCAAAGGAGGGCAUUCAAAGCAUCAUUCGAGGUGUCAUCAAAACCCUGCAGAAAGGUCAGAGAAACGUUAGCAGCUGAGACAGGACUUAGUGUCAGAGUUGUCCAGGUGUGGUUCCAGAACCAAAGAGCUAAGAUGAAGAAAUUAGCACGGAGGCAUCAGCAACAACAGGAACAGCAGAACUCACAGAGAUUAGGUCAAGAAGUCAUGUCUAGCCGCAUGGAGGGGAUGAUGACUUCUUACGCCCCCCUGGCCCCAUCACAGCAACAGAUUGUCACAAUGGAUCAAAACAGCUAUAGCACAGACCCCUUCCAGCAAGGACUCACCCCUCCUCAAAUGCCAGGUGACCACAUGAAUCCUUACGGCAAUGAUACCAUAUUUCAUGACAUUGACAGUGAUACCUCGUUAACAAGCCUUAGUGACUGCUUCCUAGCAAAUUCAGAGGUCAACUCCAUGCAGGCCAGAGUGGGAAACCCAAUCGACCGACUGUACUCCAUGCAGAGUUCUUACUUCGCAUCAUGAGUCCUCCUUUAUUCCUCUUGAUUCCAUAUCCCAUUCCACCACCACCACCACCAAAAAAAACCAACAAAAUGAAAAAAAAAAACAACAACCGGACCUUCGGACCUUCAGAGAUUUACAGCCAUAUCUGUGCAGUUGCCCUUCCCAGGACUUUCAGCGGUGAACGAAAGAACUAUUAAUAAAACAGCGGCAGAAAACAAUGACUGCAAACACACCCUUUAAUAUUUGGAAGACGCAUGAGCAAGAACUAGAACGUACUUUUCCCCCCAAUUUAAAAUAAACCCAUUAUUUUAAAAGAGGAAGAAUACAGUAUUUGUAUAGAAUUGUGUAAAAAUUAGUUUUUUUCCCUUUAGGAUAAUACAGAAAUAAAGCCACUGUUAAGAGCUUUUCCUCACCUCCUCUAAAACUGCAUGAAUGUCACCGUGAUGUGGAAUUAACAAAUUUGAACUGUGAGAAGUUAUUGUAAAUGUGACGUUUAAUCUAUUUUAUUAUUAUUAUAAUAUUUUUUUUCUUCCUAUAAUGUUUCGUUUGAUUUUCUCCAUAGACCAGAAGGUUAGAUUUUAGCCAUUAUAUCAUAUGAGCAAGCAUUGGUUUCACAAGAUCAUUGCUAACAAAGGAAGGACUGCAUGUUUUAUUGGAGAGAGAUCCAUUUUU